UCUGCUUGUUAGAAUCUCCAUUCUAUGAUUAGUUUGAUAGAGAACAUUCAAUUAGGAACUGGUCCAAAUGAUCUUCAGAAGGAUAUCUUACUUGUUUGGGAAAAGAUGGUACUCCAAAGAAUCAGCUUCAAGAACAGCUUUGUACGAUUUUCAUGUUUCCCAUGGAGGUAAAAUGGUGGAUUUCGCAGGAUAUCUCCUACCCAUCCAGUAUAAUAUGGGAAUCCCAGAAUCACAUAAACACACCCGCUCCAAAGCAUCACUUUUUGAUGUAUCUCAUAUGUUACAAACUACAAUCAGAGGGAAAGACAGAGUACGCUUUAUUGAAAGCAUUGCCACCGCUGAUGUUGAAGGUCUUAAGAUUGGAAGUGGUUGUUUAAGUCUUUUUACAGAUAAUGAAACAGGAGGUAUCUUGGAUGAUCUUAUAAUAACUAAAUAUUCAGAUCAUCUUAGCAUUGUCACAAAUGCUUCUCAAAGGGAUUCAGAUAUGAAGCUCAUGCUAAAAGCUUUGGAAUCAAUUUCUUCUUCUGGUGGGGAUGUAAGCUUACAGUUUGAAAAGAAUCUAUCUCUCAUCGCUUUGCAAGGCCCAAGAGCGGCAGCAGUUUUAUCUAGUGUAACUGAGAUACCUAUCAAUCAUUUUUAUUUCAUGCAGUCAAUGGAAAUGGAUGUUUGCGGUAAAAACUGCCGUGUUUCCAGAGCAGGUUAUACUGGAGAAGAUGGAUUUGAAAUUUCUAUUCAUUCAUCAGAUGUAGAGACUGUUGCUGAAAAACUUGUAUCAAUUCCUGAUGUAGAGUUAGCUGGGUUAGGAGUUCGAGAUUCUUUGAGGCUUGAAGCUGGACUCUGCUUGUAUGGAAGUGACAUAGAUAUUAAAACAACACCAGCUGCAGCAGGGUUGAUGUGGACAAUAGGUAAAAGGAGAAAAGUCAAGAAAGACUUUCCUGGAGCAGAAAUCAUCCUAAGCCAGAAACCAAAAGAGAAACGAGUUGGCCUUAUUAGUAGAAGAUCAGGUCCUCCAGUUAGAGGAGGAGCAUCUGUGAUGGACAAAUAUGGUGAAUUCAUUGGACACGUUACUUCUGGCUGUCCUUCACCAAGUUUAGGAACAAAUAUUGCCAUGGCAUAUGUUCCUAUGGAACUAUCUAUAGGAGACUACGUAUAUGCCAUGGUCAGAGGAAAAAAGGUAGAAAUGCAAGUCACCAGAAUGCCUUUUGUCAAAACAAACUACUAUACUGAAAAUAAAGGAAAAUAAUUUAUCUUUUAAAAGUCUGUUAAUAAUUUAAGUUACUUAAAUAACUAAUGACUGAAACGUUUAUUAAGUAUAUUUAUGUUUUUCAUUUUUAAUUAGAAUUAAUAAAGUUGUGAAUUUAUUCAUAUUUUUAAAGAUAAUUAUGCAUUUUUAGCUUACAGAAAGUGUUGUGAGUUCUAAGACAAUAUA